AUGGACAGCUGCAUAUCGCAGAACGCUUCCAACAGAGAAAUAGAGCGGCCGUGCUUGUACGGGAGCCUGAGCUGUGGCUCUCGCUCCGGAGGGCGGGAUGAGGUGGCCAUCCAGGGCGGGGAGCAGCUGGGGACGUCAAAGGUGAGGUGCCACCCGGAGCGAGAGGCAGCCGACGAGUACCAGCGCACUUUGGGUGCUCUCUUCUCGGUCUACUGGCUAAUGCGCUUGCACGGCGAUGGCCUUCAGUCCUUCGUCUACGGCGUUGGCGCAGAUUGGAAGCCGUUGACACACCACAGCGAGGUGCCGGUCAGGAGCUCCGACGAUCUCCGCAGGCGUCAGGCCUUUUACACUUCCGUGGACAUGGCACAGAUUGGUAAAGUCCUCGUCUCGGCGGGCCUCUUCCAAGGCGGCUUCUGCAACGGUGCGAACGAUCCUGAGAGAACUCUGGCACUCUUGGUCUUGACAGCCAUCCACGACAUCAUGAAGGUGAACAGCUUGCUCCCGGUGGUCACGGAUGAGAGUGGUCCCUUCGAGAAGCACAAGGUUGGCGAAGUUAUCUACAACCACGAUACAGCGCUCGGGUACGUGCUGCAAUGGAUGCCCUCGGUGCUCCCCUCCUACGCGGGACUCCCCGAGGCACAGCGCGAAUCUGUGAAGUUUACACAAUUCGACAUGGAGUUCAAUCUCGGAUGGCUGGUUCAAGCUGAGGCUCCCCCGGGCAUGUUGUUCAACCGCUUCAAGCAGAUCAUCAGGCAAGGCAAGGCGAAGUCCAGCGAUGUUGCAUUGUAUCUUGUGCACUGGCUCACAGACCUUGCCGGUGCGGAACCCUACCCGCAGGAGGGUGCGGAGAAGUUUGUCCUGAAGUUUCCGCCGAAUUUGUUCGUCUCGUUCCUGAGCUCCUUCCAUUGCGUGACGUUUUUAAGCACGAAGACGGAGACAGAGGUUAUGGAGGACUACUUGCGCUGGCGCUGGGCGAUGGCGGAGCCCCCGCUGGGCACAAUGCCACAAGGUGAGGGGGCGAUCGCGGCGAUGCGUCUGGUGGUCAUGGCCCAAGGCCAUAGCCACAAAGUUCUCAACGCUUUCCGCUCCCUUCCCGACUCGGAGCGGAAGGUGCUGUCCGAAGAGCUGACUCGCACAGCGCGACGAGGGCAGAGGUUCGAGCUCGGAGCAGAAUUGGACGCCGGUGGGCCGGCGUUUUUGGUCUACUACGCGCCAGCGUUGGUGCAGAAGAACUGUGGCACGGACCCUGAAGGGGCACUCGCAGUUCUCGUGGAGAUCCUUCGCCAAGCUCGCAGCUUGUGGCCCCUGCAGGAUGCUGCUGCUGACGAUACAGUCAUUAUCCAGAUCGAUACUGUCAAGGGGUCCUUCGUUUCAGAGUUGCUGCUUCUUCACCCGGGCGAGCAAUGGAUGCUAAAGAUGCUUCCGAACAAGAUGAACGCCACUGUCGCCAAGGAAAGCGCCCCCGAAGGCGGCGUGGAGACUGAGCUGCCAACUGACAAGCGUGUCCUGGAUUUCGAAUCAUCCCUGAAGCGAUGUGCGGCGGGCUCGAACCCCGACCGAAGCAAAUCUCCGAAGAAGAAGAAAAAGACCGCGCCGUCGCUAAAUGACUUCUUCAAGAAGGACAAGAAGAAGAAGAUCAAGGGCACGAACCUCAACAAUGCCACGAACGAGAAGCCUGCUGAAGAGAAGAAGGACACCAAGAAGAAGUCGGAAGAGGACGACGGUUGGCACGAAGAGGAAGUAGUCCAAGCCACCAUGAAGGUGGAAGUUGCAGGCAAGCUCGUGCGAGAAGAGGAGAAGGAGAAGGAGGAGGCUUCCUGGCUCCUCCUUGCCCAGCCAGUCAAAGCCUCAGUAGACGCGCAGCUGCACUGGCAGCUUGCUGGCUCUUCGGACUCUUCGUUGGCCAGCCAGUCACCUGGAGACGCGCAGCUGCACUCGCAAUCCAUUCGUACAUCCUACCGGAAGUUGUUUGAACGCCACAAUGUGGGCUUGGUGCUGUCCUGCUUCAAGGAGUCGCUUCAGGAGAAGCAUGCUUAUUCUCACAAAGGGGCUCUGCACCGCAACGUGGUCAUCACACAUGCACCCUCGCGGACCCUCGCGGCAAGGGAACUGGGCCGGAUCACAUCCAUAACCUAA